GGCUGGAGUAAAAAGCCCACAUAGGGGAUCCUUUGUUUAGGAGAGUCUAGGCAUGGAAGAUAAUUUACAAGCCGCUAAGGUCCUCACGCCAUUGGCUGAUGAGGCUCUGUCUGCAUCUGCGAAAGGCAUCCCGUGUGUGUGUGCGUCUAUAUGUCUGUGUGUGUGCGGCGAGUGUGUGCACGUCUGCUGUAGCAGCACUUUGCUACAGCGGCUCACAGUCGCCCUAGUCAUGACACCCGGGAGCUUGCCCUGCACACGGCUACUGUAGCCAGCGUUUUCUUGAGGCUGAAGGAAGGCAAAGCAAGAUGGCCACCAAUACCUUUUAGGGAUAUGCUGCCCAAACCGGAGGGGCUUCCUCCGAGGACAGACAAGGUGGUUCCAGAAAGUGGGUCGGUAAAUGGCAAAGGCAAGGCACAGAUGGAUGACACCCACAUGGCAGCGGAGGAGGAUGAGGGGGAGGAAGGACACAUACCUCAUACACAAUCUCCCCCCAUCACCCACUCGCUUACCCACAACCUGGCCUCAGACCAAGGCGGACGGCCAGCACUCAUUAAAAGAGAGUCCGGGCUGGAGCUGACUAGCAUUGCACUUCACCAAAACGUAUGCUCUUCUGUGACUUUUCCGAACGGUUCUGCUGAGAACCUUACGAAACCUAAUGGUGCUAAUAUGACCACUGGGUCACACUCUGAUCUGAAGUCUGCAUAUAAAAGGACUACAAUGGCAUCAGAGCCUCAAAGGACUAUAAUAGUUGCAAUCCCUAAAGACUGCUCUGAGAAUGGACCCAGGACUCCUCCAGAUGACAUGUCAGUUCCACUAAAGAAGAUCAAACUGGAGGAGCCGUGGGUGUGGAUCACUGAACAGACCACCACACAGCUGAGUGAUGAAGACGAGGUUUGCGAAGACCCACUGUCUACGCUGGCGGCCGUUGUGUGUCUUUCUGUCACAGAGAGGAAGGGACUGGAGGAAAAACUUUUCAGCUCACGGUCUUCCAUUCUUAGCUCCAUCAAAACAGAGCCACAAGAUUUGCACUUUGUCAAAAAAGAGAAAGAUGACUUAAAGAAUGACUUGUGUCAGAAAAGCACUCCUGUUAACUCACAAAGGACUCUCCAACCCAUCAAGAGUGAACCUCCUCCAAGUGUCUUGUUACCAAGCGUGCAGUCUCUGGCAGAGAGGAGAAAUCUUAGUUUUGAUCAGGCUAUUGCUAUUGAGGCCUUGACUCAACUGGCAGCUAUACCUCAAAGCACCCCAGGGUCCAUUAAAGCUGAAAGUAAGUGUGAACAUCCCAUUUCUAUUGCUGCCCCGUUCUCAACCUCCAAUACAAAUAUGGUCCUGCACGAAGCCAAACCCACAGCAGCUGUACGCCACAACAAAGUCUCGGUCAUCAGCUCACCACUACACCAGACGUCAGUCAUACGCCCUCCGGUGGCCAGACAAGGGAACGUCAUCCAGUGCUCCCGGGGGUUGAACACAAAGCUGUCUCUGCAGGACCUCCUAGAAGCCAGCUCAGACAGUGAUAAAGCACCCUACAGGUGGAUGGACAAGGGCUACGGUUCUCAUGUCAUCAAGUCGGAAUGCAGCUAUAAAGACCCCAGUAGCAUGAAGUACAGUAAGGAUCAUGAGCGGUUGUUUGCGGAUGACAGAGACGGAGUUGUUGGGAAAAUAAGAAGGAACAGAGAUGAGGAAGAGGUGGCAGCUCAGCUGGCAGACCUGGCCUUUAUCAUCCAGUCCCGACACAACCAGCAGUCAGAGAACAAUCCUCCGAAAGGAACUCCUGUUUCAGCUAUCAAGUACAACUUCAAAUCCCAGCAACCCCCCAGUCAGAAAAAGCCCCCCAUGAAAAAACAAAAGCUACGCCUUCCAAGCCCAGGAAGAAGAAAAGUGAUGGAUUACUUGAGGGAAUCAACUGCAGGACCCCCCUCU